AUGAGUCAAUGGGACGUGGACAUCUCUGAUCUCGAAAAUGAUCCCGUCGUUGAGUGGCAGGAUCGAUAUUACAUUCCUCUUGCCGCUUCCAUGUCAUUCGUCGUGCCAGGGUUGAUAGCCUGGCUUGGCUGGGGGGACCUUGCCGGAGGACUCUUCUGGGCCGGGACGGUCCGGAUGAACGUUGCAUGGCAUUUCACAUUUCUGGUCAAUUCACUUGCCCAUUGGGCUGGAAGCAGACCGUUCUCGUCAAGAACAACCGCCCGGGAUAAUCCCCUGGUCGCACUGAUCACUCUGGGAGAAUGUUACCACAAUUUCCAUCAUGAAUUCCCAACCGAUUAUCGAAAUGGAGUGGGGCUUUUUGAUAUAGAUAUUUCCAAAUGGCUUAUCUGGUUGUUAGCCUCGGUCGGACUGGCGACUAACCUAAACAGAGUGCCAGACAAGGUCAUCGAGAACUGUCGACAAGGCAACAGCAAGAAGAUCCCAUCUGAUGAUAAUUGUGCAGGCGAUCGAGUACCAGCGAUAGAGUGGGAAGCAUAUGUUCAAAAGGCAGGAAGUGGACGAGCCCUUGUUGCAAUCGCUGGCUUUGUUUAUGAUGUGACUGACUUCGUGGAUCGACACCCUGGGGGGGAAAUCUUGAAAAUGGGUAUAGGAAACGACGCAACAACCAUGUUCCAUGGCGGCGUUUUCCAGCAUUCUGUUACUGCAAGUGACAUUCUAUCUGACAUGAAAGUGUAUGUAAUUCGAGGAGGCGGGCCUGUUGAAACACUGCGUAAAAAAUAG